AUGGAUAUUAAAAUAAUAACUUAAAGUGAUACAUUCUUAAUCUAUAAGGAGAUCUAAACUUUAUCAGACUUAAAGAAGGAAAUCAAAAGAAUAGGGAUAUAAACAAGAGACAUCAUAAUUUACUUUUAUGAUAAUGAUUCUGAUAAAGUUGUGAUAAUAUAGGAUGAGGAUCUUUAAUAUGCUUACCAGUAAUCCAAGGCUUUUAAAAAGCAGUCCAUCAAAUUGUAUAUUUAUUACAAAUUGAGUCAGCCUAAAAUUCUCCAAUUAGAACCUUCAAUCAAAAUUUCAACGUAAUAGGCUUAAUAGGAUUGGAUUUUUAAGUCUAUCAAUGAAAAUAGCAGCCAAUCCUUAACAAAUUCAAACGAAAUUCAAACCUAUUGUUAAAAUAGAUAUACUAUUGUACCAGAGCCACUAAAAACUAGAGAAGAAAAGCUCAAAUCAGCUAUUGAUUUUUUCAUUGAUUAAAUUUUAAAAGAGGAAUAUCAGAUAUGA